CCGACAAAAGGCACAGAAACUGGCGGUCAUUCCGAUGUGCAAAACGCUGACCGAUUAUAACGGCAUAAAUCAGUUGGAAAGCCGUCGUAUCGACGAGCUAUUGGUGGCGACCAACGUAUUCAACACCGAAUUGAGUGAUAAUAACGUGGAGAUUAGGGACCCAAAUGAGUAUAUGCUGGUGACGAACCAAAAGUACGAGAAGAUUAUCCAGACUAUCGUCGACUUCACCAAACGAUUGGACGGUUUUCAGAAACUGUGUGUCGAGGACCAGAUGUCACUCGUGAAGUACGGGUGCCUUGAAUUGAAUUUUCUCAGAAGUCUACUGUAUUUCGACGAACAAACUCAAGAAUAUCGGUUCCCAUUAACUGAUACUAGGACACUUAAGGUCAGUUUGGAAGCAUUAAAAGAGCAUAGGAUGGAAACAUAUUACCCAUUAAAGAUAUUUAUGGAUAAAUUCUUCCCAGAAUGGAAUAGGGAUCAAGUUAUAAUUGACCUGUUAUCUGCGAUCGUAAUUAUGAACCCUAAGCGACAAAACUUAACGCACAAACAAAGUAUCAAACUGGAGCAACAGCUUUAUGUGUAUUUAUUGCAGCGAUACUUACUAUUGAGAUAUCAAUCGGAGUCGGAAUCAAAACUCCAGAAACUGAUGGUUUCGUUGACAGACCUCACGAUUACAGCCGAAGCCCAUAAACAGUGCGAAGUGCAAGAGCAAUUACAAUGCGUUUCAAACGGCAAAUGCGAGAUCAAUGUACAGACGAGACGAUUGUGUCCGAAGUGUAGACUUAAAAAGUGUUUUGACAUCGGAAUGAGAAUUUCGCGACAAAAUUCAGUCGACAACUCAGUCGACGAUUCAUCAAAUGAGACCAAACUUUCUGAUGAGACAUACGCUCAAGAAAUCGAGGCAUUGAUCGGAGACUCGCUUAAUAUCAGCGAUGAAGCACUCAGUGAACAGAUUAUGGAAAUUGAAAUGAUGCCUGUAUUCAAAGAGAUCACAGACUAUAACGGAUUCAAUCACUUGGAGUCCAACCGGAUAUCCGAGUUGUUGAGCGCAUCCAAUGACAAUGAGAAAACAUUGUGUAUUCCCGUAGAAGUAAUGAAAAGGGAAAAGACAGACAUUUUUAAUAAAACCAAACCCAUUGUGGACCGACUGUUGGCUGUAUGGCAACGCGAUUCUGUUAUAAUGGAGCUGGUACAGUAG